GCUGAGCAGGACAACGGCCACCCACUCCCAGCAUACGCUGAGCUGAUCAUUGAUGUCCUGGAUGAGAACAACCAGGCUCCAUACUUCCAGUUCCAGUCCUACCAGGGCUACGUCAGUGAGUCCUCCCCAGUGGGCACCACCAUCUCUGCCAGCUCCAACCUCACUGCCCCCUUGGGCAUCAUCGCCCUGGACAAAGACAUUGAAGAGGUAUGGGGAUGUGCGCGUGCACACACAGACGCACACUCACAGAAGCGCACACUCUCACGAGCACAAACAUGUCGCUUAUGAACCUGCAAAUACACAAUACUACGAGCGCACACAAAUACACACACAAAUUAGCUGGCAUGCUUACACACAAGCAACUAAUUGUACAUGUUAACCUUUUUAAUUAAUUGAAUUCCAUACAGAAUUUGAAGCCUAUAGUGGGCUUUUCACAGACACACACAUAAUGUAAUGAAUACAUAAGACAAUUAAAUAUUUACAUUUUAUAGCAGGUUUAUGUUAAUAAAAAUACUUCCAUAAGCCCAUGUUGAGAUGGGUAAACACCCUCCAUCACACUGUAUUAUCAUUGUUGCUGCUUUGUCUCUUUGUUUUAGCUGCUGCCUGGUCAAACACCUGUAGGUAAAAGUGUGGUUUGUGAUGCUGUUAUGACUAAAAGUGUGCCUUUGGGUUUUACACUACUGCAUGGUCUGUGUUCAAACCUCUGGGGCAUGCUCUCUUUCAGUUCUUUCAGAUGUGUGACUCAGUUUUCCCUUCCAAUUUUUCAUACAAAAUGUCUAAUGUGUUUGUGUUUUGCCAUGUGUGCCUAUUGUUCUGGUCAAGUAAAACAUUUUUAUGUUGUUAGUGGGUAAAUACACAGAUCGCACCGAUACAUUUAGUACAUUCAGUGUUUGUGUGUGUGUUGUUGAGGUGAUGAUUCUGAAAAGCACACAAUUUCAAACAGGCGCUGACAGGAGUGGGUUUUCUAAACGCCUCAACUGCAUUUAAAUGGUUGAAAACACACAUUGAGACAGGCUGCCAACACACCAGGAGACACUCAGAACACAGACGCACAGCAGCAUUCGCCCCCACUCUGUUUGUGUUUUUGUCACCAGGAUAUUUAUCUUUAUGUUGAUGAUGUUGAAAAUAUUGUUUUAUUCAUUUCCUCAGAUGACACCUAACACAAACUCCUCCACAGAGAUUUCUCCAACUCACUUUCCCUCUCCAUCUUUUCUUACUGUGCCUCUCUCUUUGUGUUUCUCUGUCUCUCUCUUUCUCUAAUGUGUGUCUGUCUGUAUCUGUGUUUCUCUUUCUAUCUCUCUCGCUCUCUCACUCUUGCGCUCUCGCUCUCACUCUCUCGCUCUCUCGCUUUCUCUCUCUCUCUCUCUCUCUCUCUCUCCUUCAGCAGGGUGAGAUUAAGACAUCAAAGUGCAGUUCUAAAACAGAUCAAUGGGCAAAGCAGUGUGAAUGUUUAGUAGACAGGCAGGCCUCAUUGACAAACUUGAAUCACCCUAACACCCAACCCUACUUAAAUAUCCCUUGCACCAACAUAACCCAGAGAAGAAAACGAUUUUGGGGGGAAGUUGUAAAACAGUAUUGAAAUGUUUUUAGAUAUGGUCCUCACUUUUAGGGCAAAUUACUCCAUACUCCAUUUUAUAUUCAUAUUUACAGAUCGCAUACGACUUUGUUAUUAAGACACAUGAAAAAACGAUUUUCUACUUUCAAAUGUCUCGACUAUAUAGUACAGUAUGCCGACAAACGCCUAGGUUUUCGUAAAUCGAUGCUGUAGCUUGUGAACAGAGCCACAAUGAAACACCUACUGUACAAUUGUAGUGUGCUCUAUAGGAGGUAUAAAAUCACAUGAUUUCUUAGAAUUUAUUCAAGGCCUUCCCCUGUUCUCAGUACUAUGUUGUCUUUGUCAGCAGGCUUUUACCACUCCGACAUGUUUUGUCUUGUUCUGUCUCUCAUAAUUGUUUUUCGUCAGUGACACAGCUGCGGACUUGAGUAAGGUCUUGUCACCAUGGUAACCUCUUCUCUCCAAUGUCUUUACUUUUUGAAGAGCAAAGACCCUCUCGUGACGGUGACUCUGGACGACUUCAGCACCAUCUUUGCCAUAACCCCGACCGGGAUCACCCGCUACCUCCGACUGCUCAAACCUGUGGACAGAGAGAAGCAGAUGACCUACACCUUCACGGUACGCCUAGGUCCAACCACAUCCACACAUAUUACCAAAUAACACCCACAACUCUAAUACAGUAUAUGGGAGGAAACAGCACCCACGUCUAAAAGAUAUAACAGCUUGGGUUAUGCUGUAUGAUAUGACUUGACUUAACUACACUGCCUACGGGGUCAAUUUAUUUUUCAACUCAGUCAAUACAAUUGAACUGAACUUACAUUGUAGCAGUUUGAUUUAUCUACACCUAUGCCUCUAUUGAAGAGAUGAAAUGACUUGGCCAGGACAUUACUGCUUUACACCAUUAUUAUCAGAUAUUUAUUCAAAAUCACCUGUUUUCUGACCUACAGUAGCUUUCCAAGACCCAACCAAUACCAGAUGCAUCCCUUUCCUUCUGGACAGAAACACACUGCCACUGUUGGCUCCUGCUGUAUUUUGACACGCUGUGAUCUCCAGCAUCUUCGCAAUGAAGUGAUUCUAUCUUACAUUAUUCAGAGACUUAAUUGUGUUCUCUGUAUUAAAAGCAUGCAAUUACAUGUAUAGUGCUACUGUACUCUUUGAUAUUAAGACCCUGAGUAUUCCCUGAAGAGCCCCCCAGUGCUUUAAGCAUCUACACGUGUGUACUCUCCCUGUGGGAUGGUUACAUAUUAGAAAGGAUCAUUAUGGCCUCCUGAGUGGCGCAACGGUCUAAGGGACUGCAUCGCAUUGCUUGAGGCGUCACUAUAGACCCGGGUUCAAUCCCAGGCUGUGUCACAGCCGGCCGUGAUCGGGAGACCCAUGAGGCGGCGCAUAAUUGGCCUAGCGUCGUCUGGGUAAGGGGAGGGUUUGGCCGGCCGGGAUUUCCUUGACCCAUCGCGCUCUAGCGACUCCUUGUGGCGGGCCAGGCGCCUACAAGCUGACUUCGGUCACCAGCUGGAUGGUGUUUCAUCUGACACAUUGGUGCGGCUGGCUUCCGGGUUAAGUAAGCAGUGCGGCUUGGCAGGGUCGUGUUUCGGAGGAUGCAUGGCUCUCGACCUUCACCUCUCCCACGUCCGUAGGGGAGUUGCAGCGAUGGGACAAGACUGUAACUACCAAUUGGGGAGAAAAAGGGGUACAAGUAAAUUUAAAUGUAAAAAAAGCAUCAUUAUUUCAAUAUUGAGGGAGUGUUUCCUGGAGAAAAAAUGUUGAUUAUACAAAAGAGAAAGUGGGAGGGUUUGGGGGAUAGAGGUGUUAGAGGUGGUAGGAUACUAGUCUGUUUUCAUUAUCUGCAUCUGUGAUCUUCAGAAGAAGCUUUGGAGAUGAAGUUAGCUCUUUUGGAUCUCACAAUCAGAGGUCGCCGUGUACACCCGUGAUGGCGGUUGUAGUUGUGUGUGUGUGUGUCAAGGACCUCAGACACCCGAACCAUGGCCUGUUCACCCCGCUACCAUCUAGAAGGCGGUUACAGGUGCAUCAAAAAUGGGACCCGAGAGACUGAAAAACAGCUUCUAUGUCCAGGCCAUCAGACUGUUAAAUAGUCACCACCAGCCAGCUUCUGCCCAGUACCCUGCCUUGAACUUGAGUCACGUUUACUUUGCCGGCUACCACCCGGUACUCAACCCUGCACCUUAGAGACUGCUGUCCUAUGUACAUACAGUUGAAGUCGAAAGUUUACACCUUAGCCAAAUACAUUUAAACUCAGUUUUUCACAAUUCCUGACAUUUCAUCCUAGUAAAAAUGCCCUGCCUUAGGUCAGUUAGGAUCACCACUUUAUUUUAAGAAUGUGAAAUGUCAGAAUUAUAGUAGAGAGAAUGUCACGAUCGUCGAUAGAUGAAGCGGACCAAGGUGCAGCGUGAUAAACGUACAUCUUUUAUUGAAGUACACCACACGAAUAAAACAACAAACGAAACGUGAAGUCCUAGGUUAACACAAACCUUUCGGAACAAGAUCCCACCAUGACUAGUGAAAACAGGCUGCCUAAGUAUGGUUCCCAAUCAGAGACAACGAGCUACAGCUGCCUCUGAUUGGGAACCACCCUGGCCAACAUAGAUCUAACCGAUCUAGAAUGAAAACCAUAGCAAACAAAACAUAGAAAAUCCACACCCUGGCUCAACAAUUAAGAGUCCCCAGAGCCAGGGCGUGACAGAGAAUUAUUUAUUUCAGCUUUUAUUUCUUUCAUCACAUUCCCAGUGGGCCAGAAGUUUACAUACACUCAAUUAGUAUUUGGUAGCAUUGCCUUUAAAUUGUUUAACUUGGGUCAAACAUUUCGGGUAGCCUUUCACAAGCUUCCCACAAUAAGUUGGAUGAAUUUUGGCCCAUUCCUCCUGACAGAGCUGGUGUAACUGAGUCAGGUUUGUAGGCCUCCUUGCUCGCACACGCUUUUUCAGUUCUGCCCACACAUUUUCUAUAGGAUUGAGGUCAGGGCUUUGUGAUGGCCACUCCAAUACCUUGACUUUGUUGUCCUUAAGCCAUUUUGCCACGACUUUGGAAGUAUGCUCGUGGUCAUUGUCCAUUUGGAAGAACCAUUUGCGACCAAGCUUUAACUUCCUGACUGAUGUCUUGAGAUGUUGCUUCAAUAUAUCCACAUAAUUUUCCUUUCUCAUGAUGCCAUCUAUUUUGUGAAGUGAACCAGUCCCUCCUGCAGCAAAGCACCCCCAUAGCAUGAUGCUGCCACCCCCGUGCUUCACAGUUGGGAUGGUGUUCUUCGGCUUGCAAGCAAUCCCCUUUUUCCUCCAAACAUAACGAUGGUCAUUAUGGCCAAAAAGUUAUAGUUUUGUUUCAUCAGACCAGAGGACAUUUCUCCAAAAAGUACGAUCUUUGUUUUGGAGCAGUGGCUUCUUCCUUGAUGAGCAGCCUUUCAGGUGAUGUCGAUAUAGGACUAGUUUUACUGUGGAUAUAUAUUAUUUUGUACCUGUUUCCUCCAGCAUCUUCACAAGGUCCUUUGCUGUUGUUCUGGGAUUGAUUUGCACUUUUCGCACCAAAGUACGUUCAUCUCUAGGAGACAGAACGUGUCUCCUUCCUGAGCGGUAUUACGGCUGCGUGGUCCCAUGGUGUUUAUACUUGCGUACUAUUGUUUGUACAGAUGAACGUGGUACCUUUAGGCGUUUGGAAAUUGCUCCCAAGAAUGAACCAGACUUGUGGAGGUCUACAAGUUUUUUUCUGAGGUCUUGGCUGAUUUCUUUUGAUUUCCCAUGAUGUCAAGCAAAGAGGCACUGAGUUUGAAGGUAGGCCUUGUAAUAUAUCCACUGGUACACCUCCAAUUGACUCAAAUUAUGUCAAUUAGCCUAUCAGAAGCUUCUAAAGCCAUGACAUCAUUUUCUGGAAUUUUCCAAGCUGUUUAAAGGCACAGUCAACUUAGUGUGUGUAAACUUCUGACCCACUGGAAUUGUGAUACACUGAAUUAUAAGUGAAAUAAUCUGUCUGUAAACAAUUGUUGAAAGAAUUACUUGUGUCAUGCACAAAGUAGAUGUCCUAACCGACCUGCCAAAACUAUAGUCUGUUAACAAGACAUUUUGGAGUGGUUGAAAAACAAGUUUUAAUGACUCCAACCUAAGUGUACGUAAACUUCCAACUUCAACUGAAGUCAUUGUACACUGGUCACUUUAAAAAAAAAUCCAUACUGUUUUACGCACUUCAUAUGUAUACAGUGCAUUCGGAAAGUAUUCAGACCCCUUGACUUUUUCCACAUAUAAGAUUUCCCUCAUCAAUCUACAAACAAUACCCCAUAAUGACAAAGCAAAAAAAGGUUUUUAGACAUUUUUGAAAAAACAUAAAUACCUUUUUUACAUAAGUAUUCAGACCCUUUGCUAUGAGACUCGAAAUUGAGCUCAGGUUCAUCCUGUUUCCAUUGAUCAUUCUUGAGAUGUUUCUACAACUUGAUUGGAGUGGUAAGUUAAAAUGAUUGGACAUGAUUUGGAAAGGCACACACCUGUCUAUAUAAGGCCCUACAGUUGACAGUGCAUGUCAGAGCAAAAACCAAGCCAUGAGGUUGAAGGAAUUGUCCGUAGAGGUCCGAGACAGGAUAGUGUCAAGGCACAGAUCUGGGGAAGGCUACCAAAAAAUUUCUGUAGCAUUGAAGGUCCCCAAGAACACUGUGGCCUCCAUCAUUCUUAAAUGGAAGAAGUUUGGAACCACCAAGACUCUUCCUAGAGCUGGCCGCCCGGCCAAACUGAGCAAUCGGGGGAGAAGGGCCUUGGCCAGGGAGAUGCCCAAGAAACCAGAUGGUCACUCUGAUAGAGCUCCAGAGUUCCUCUGUGGAGAUGGGAGAACCUUCCAGAAGGACAACCAUCUCUGCAGCACUCCACCAAUCAGGCCUUUCUGUUAGAGUGGCCAGACGGAAGCCACUCCUCAGUAAAAGGCACAUGACAGCCCGCUUGGGGCUUGCCAAAAGGCACCUAAAGGACUCUCAGACCAUAAAAAACAAGAUUCUCUGGUCUGAUGAACCCAAGAUUGAACUCUUUGGCCUUAAUGCUAAGCGUCACAUCUGGAGGAAAACUGGCACCAUCCCUACGGUGAAGCACGGUGAUGGCAGCAUCAUGCUGUGGGGAUGUUUUUCAACGGCAGGGACUGGGAGACUAGUCAGGAUCGAGGGAAAGAUGAACAGAGCAAAGAGAGAUCCUUGAUGAAAACCUGCUCCAGACCACUCAGGACCUCAGACUGAGGUGAAGGUUCACCUUCCAACAGGACAAGGACCCUAAGCACACAGCCAAGACAACACAGGAGUGGCUUCGGGACAAGUCUCUGAAUGUCCUUGAGUGGCCCAGCCAGAGCCCGGACUUUAACCCGAUCAAACAUCUCUGGAGAGACAUGAAAAUAACCGUUCAGCGACGCUCCCCAUCCAACCUGACAGAGCUUGAGAUUAUCUGCAGAGAAGAAUGGGAGAAACUCCCCAAAUACAGGUGUGCCAAGCUUGUAGCGUCAUACCCAUGAAGACUCGAGGCUGUAAUCACUGCCAAAGGUGCUUCAACAAAGUACUGAGUAAAGGCUCUGAAUACUUAUGUAAAUGUUUAAUUUUUUGCAAAAAAGUCUAAAAACCUGCUUUGAUUUGUCAUUAUGGGGUAUUGUGUGGAGAUUGAUGAGGGGGAAAAACAAUUUAAUCAAUUUUAGAAUAAGGCUGUAACGUAACAAAAUGUGGAAAAGGUCAAGGGGUUUGAAUACUUUCCGAAUGCACUGUAUAUUAUUAUUAUUAUUAUUAUUAUUAUUAUUAUUAUUAUUAUUAUUAUUAUUAUUAUUAUUAUUAUUAUUAUAUACUGUAUUCUAGUCAAGGCUCAUCCUAUAUAGGGUAACACUUUACUUGACACCCAGCAUCAUAACACAUUAUUAUUAUAUAUAUAUAUAUAUAUAUAUUUUUUUUUUUUUUUCAUUUAGCAGACGCUCUUAUCCAGAGUGACUUACAUGAGCAAUUAGGGUUAAGUGCCUUGCUCAAGGGCACAUCGACAGAUUUUUCACCUAGUCGGCUCGGGGAUUAGAACCAGCGACAUUUCGGUUACUGGCACAACGCUCUUAACCAUUAAGCUACCUGCCGCCCCAUUAUGACAUUGUCAUAAUGUGUCAUAACAGCUGACAUAACUUGUCAUAACCUGUUAUAAUAUGGUCAUAAAACUGUCAUGACACAUAUAUUUAGACCUGUUGAGAAAUUGAUUAUAUAAAGAUUGUGGGGUCUGUUUUGUUAGACUUCAGUGGGGCUUUUGACAUUAUUGAUCAUAGUCUGCUGCUGAAAAACGUAUGUGUUAUGGCUUUACACCCCCUGCUAUAAUGUGAAUAAAGAGUUACUUGUCUAACAGAACACAGAGGGUGUUCUUUAAUGAAAGCCUCUCAAACUUAAUCCAGGUACAAUCAGGAAUUCCCCAGGGCAGCUGUUUAGGCCCCCCUUACUUUUUUCCAUCUUUACUAACGACAUGCUACUGGCCUUGAGUAAAGUCAGUGUGUCAAUGUAUGUGGAUGACUCAACACUAUACACUUCAGCUGCUACAGCAAAUGAAAUAACUGCAAAACUUAACAAAGAGUUGCAGUUAGUUUCGGAAUGGGUGGUUAGUCAUAGAUAUUUCCAAAACUAAGAGCAUUGUAUUUGGGUCAAAUCAUUCACUAAACCAUAAACCUCAACUACAUCUCGUGAUGAAUAGUGUGGAUGUUGAGCAAGUUGAGGUGACCAAACUGCUUGGAGUAACCCUGGAUUAUAAACUGUCAUGGUCAAAGCAUAUUGAUACAACAGUAGCUAAAAUGGGGAGAAGUAUGUCCAUAAUUAAGUGCUGCUCUGCCUUCUUAACAACACUAUCAACAAGGUAGGUCCUACAGGGCCUAGUUUUGUCGCACCUAGACUACUGUUCAGUAGUGUGGUCAGGUGCCACAAGGAGGGACUUGGGAAUGUUGCAGUUGGCUCAGAACAGGGCAGCACGGCUGGCCCUUAAAAGUACACGGAGUGCUAACAUUAGUCUCUCCUGGCUUAGAGUGGAAGAGCAAUUGACUUCAUCACUGCUUGUUGACAAGCUGAAUGUACCGAGCUGUCUGUUUGGACACCCAUGCAUACCCCACGAGACAUGCCACCACUCUUCACAGUCUCCAAGUCCAGAACAGACUACGGGAAACACACAGUACUACAUAGAGCCAUGACUACAUGGAACUCUAUUCCACAUCAUGUAACUCAGUCAAGCAGUAAAAUCAGAUUUAAAAAACAGAUAAAACUACACUUAAUGGAACAGCGUGGACUGUGAAGAGAAACACACACACACACACACACACAUAGGCACACACAGCAUUCGCAAACACAUGCUAACACACGCACUCUACACACACACACAUUUUAAUAUUGUUAUUUUGCUGUGUUAUUGAUUUUGUAUUGUAAAUAUGUUAUGGUAGAGUAGUGUGUAAUAAUGUGUUGUGUUAUGUAUUGUUUUAUUAUACGUAAAUUGUGAUUGGACCCCAGGAUGAGUAGCUGCUGCCUUGGCAGCCGCUAAUGGGGAUCCGUAAUAAAUACAAAUACAAAUAACAUGUACUGUAGAUAUAGAUUUAUAUUCCGGAGUCUGAAAUUGCUUGUUCUAAUAUUUCUAUAUUUCUUAAUUUUUGGGGGGGAUUUGCAUGUAUUGUUUUGUAUUGUUAGGUAUUACUGCACUGUUGGAGCUAGGAACAUAAACAUUUAGCUACACCCACGAUAACAUCUGCAAAAUAUGUGUAGGCGACCAUCACAAUUUGAUUUGGAUUUUUUAAGGUUUGUACAUGGACUUGUUGCUGUGAUACUACACUGUACUAAUGAUGUGAGACUAUUAUCUUUGAAGAGUUUCAUCAAUAGUAUGUUUAUUAUGUCUAUGUUGAAGAGGCUUUGAUGGUUGCCAUAUUGUCAUUAGAUUGAAAGAAAUAAAUUGCUGCAAUUUUCAGUUGUUGAGCAUCAAGCAAUUGUGUUAUAUCGACAUGGGCAGGCAAUGGUAAGAUAAUAAAUGGCCCAUUUCAAUUGAAAUCAUGCCUUUAAUGUUCUUUAUUCAAAGGUUCUGUUUUGUUUGGUUGUCCUUUCUUCUGGGUUGCGCUCGCUUACUGUGUGUGUAUGUGUACUUCACAGGAGGUUGGUGGCACCUUAAUUGGGGAGGAUGGGCUUCUGGUAAUGGCUGGAGCAUAAUAGUGGAAUGGUAUCAAAUACAUCAAACACAUGGUUUCCAUGAGUUUGAUGCCAUUCCAUUUGCUCCGUUCCGGCCAUUAUUAUGUGGUUUACGUGUCUGUGUAUGCAUGUGUGUGUGUGUUUGUAUGAGUGUGAGGGUGUGCCUUUCUAAGUCUCAAAUGUUUUAUUUAGUUUUUCACCCCACCUGAGGAAAACCUCAGCAUCUGUGUUGUGAAUGAAGCCAGGGGGACCGGCAACACAACACUAAAGUUGUAACCUUUACCCUUUUAUGUACCCUUUAUUUGUUCCUAUUUACUCUGUUUUAUCUUAAGUUAAAAAAAAUGUAACACAAAAGGAAACUGGAAGAGAAUGAGCUAGAAACAGGCGUUGUCCUAAAGGCAGGAUUUUUACUGCUCUCACUGUUGUCCUGUGUAUAGAUGAUGGCAUCAGAUGGGGUACAGGAGAGCAUGCGGGUGACUGUCAACAUCCUGGUGAUUGACGCCAAUGACAACACUCCCACCUUCGGCGAAGUCUCCUACAGCGUUAUGGUGUUCACUGACAUGCAGCAAGGAGAAACAGUACUACAGGUAAUCAAUACAUAUCUGUCUCUAUCUUCCUGUCCCCCUUUCUCUCUGGCUCUCAUUCUUCUCUUUUUAUGUCUCUCUCUCUCUCUCUUGCUCUCGCUCUCUCUCUCUCUGUCUCUCCCUCACCCUUCCCUUGCUCUUUUUUUCUCUCUCUCUCUCCCGCCUCUCUUUCUCUCUCGCAUCCAGUUUCCGCAAACAAUCCAGUGCCUUAGAUCAACAGUCCCAGCCCCAGAACAAUCCACUCUUUCUUUGAUCAGAGCUGAUGACUCAAGAACAAUCUACUUUCUUAAUACAGUGGUCAGGACUCAAAUAUCAUCAGCUCAAUAUUGACAUAACUCAACGUAAUACACUACCAUGGGUCAACAGUCAGGACUCCAAAUCAAUCUCCUCUCCUAUAAAAACAAUUGUCACUGAAAUAGAUCCAGGGUGAUCUGGUUUCUGGUUUGUCGUCAUCUUUACAAUAUGUCUGAAUGGAGUUUAUUUAGUUUGACUCUGAUUCUAGUUUGAUUGGUUUGAAGGUUUGGGGUUGGUGUGUGUGUGAGUGUGUGCGUGUGUGUGUGUAUGCGUUUGUGUUUAGGGUCAAAUUGUUUCCAGCAGGAAGUCCCCACGACGACAUAUCUGGUUUUGUGGGGUUCGUUCAUCAGCAGUGCGCGUUUGUCUCUCAUUUGGUAAGCAGAGCUUGGUUUUUAAUCAAAUAAAACAAAAUGGGAAAAAACAUACGUUUUUUAUGUUUCUAAAGUAUACAGGCACAUUAGGCUACUCUUGUUCCAUGCGCAUAUGGGCAGUGUGCGUCACGGCUGGAUAGGCUGCGUUACCGUUAAAACCAGCUUUUGAAGCCCUGAGAGUAAGAAUGAUUGUACAGUAUCAAAAAAAGCUUGAAAAGGUAGUGGAAUGGGAUUGGUGUGGUGUGUGAAAAAUCCAAUACUUAACUUUGUAUGAAGUACAAAUCACAUUAUUGUGGGAGCACCUCCUCUAAGAGUGUGAAUUAGGCUGGUAAGCAGAGCAUGAUCUCUGAUCGCUCAGCACACAGUCACAAAAAAAAUGUCAGACACAGAAAAGGUCAAGUUUAAUCUGUGUUUAAAUUUCCCACCCAGCUCAGCUGAAAUGAGGCCAGGGGUCACGUGGCGGCCGGUACGACCACUUAACCUAUUUUUAUAAGCAAUAUAUAUGAGAGUCUCCUGGCCUCUAAGGUCGCAGGUUUAUUUGAUGCUGCUGCUGAUAUUUCAUCUCUUAGACAUCACAGCUGGAAAAAGGGUUCAGUAGGCUAGCCAAGCAUAGAUUAACAUAGCAAGGCCUUACAGAUAUGGAGCUAACGUUAAACUAAAUCCUGGCUAAGUGUGCUACGAGUUCUAAACGGUUGGGUGUCCAAGUUAAUUGGCCAUGUUUAAUGUUGGAGAUAACACAGCAUGGUUCUAAGAUCUAUUAAAAACAAAAAACUACAUUUUAAGUGAGAAGUAGGCAUUGGUCUGAAGCCGAAAAAGAAAGGAAUUUCACAUGAGCACCACAAUGCCUACUCCACCCAUGCUAUACCAAGGUUUCUCAGCACACAGUUUUGACCUACUACAGUAGCUAUGUUGGUCUAUUGUACCUCAAACAAUGUGUAUGCAGGUUUCUUAAUAUUUAAACCUUCUCAAACAGCCUAAUUCACACUCUUAGAGGAGGUGCUCCCACAAUAAUGUGAUUUGUACUUCAUACAAAGUUAAGUAUUGGAUUUUUCACACACCACACCAAUCCCAUUCCACUACCUUUUCAAGCUUUUUUUGAUACUGUACAAUCAUUCUUACUCUCAGGGCUUCAAAAGCUGGUUUUAACGGUAACGCAGCCUAUCCAGCCGUGACGCACACUGCCCAUAUGCGCAUGGAACAAGAGUAGCCUAAUGUGCCUGUAUACUUUAGAAACAUAAAAAACGUAUGUUUUUUCCCAUUUUGUUUUAUUUGAUUAAAAACCAAGCAUAGCCUCCCCUCCUCUCAAUUAAGCCUUUUUUUUCUCUGCCCAAUGCAAUCGCGAAGUAGUCAACACUUAGUAAAGGGUUUGGCUCCUGAGACCACUUCUAAAUAAAUCGGAAUCACCAAAGCUUUAUUAAAAUAUAAAGUUUGAGAGGAGUAAAACAGUGAGCUGACAUUCCAUUUUUAUCUAUGCAUUUUAGGCAGGUCCACAUUAUUUUUGCAAUGCAGGUCCCGUUUUGGACGUGCGUAAAACCCCCUCCAUGAUGUAGGUUACAUGUCCAUUCCCAUCAUAAAACGAGAGAUGAGAACCUCUGUGAAUACUGGUGAACCUUGUAUUUAGAAGUUAUCUGUAACCUGUAAAAAUGGCUUGUUUUUAUUUAUUUUGAUUACAACCAAACUUAUUAGAAUGAUUCACCUUCCUGGUUUUAUUAUGACAACGUCCGUGCCGCGUUUGCAAUGCAACUUCUGGAGAUGUGUGAAUGCGAUCUGAUCUGUAAGAUGGUUCCAAUUAUAUUCAUAAAACAUAUGCCUAUUUGAGAGCAGUAUAACAGUGAGUGGAAAUGCUCCCUUUCUCUUUAUAUUGGAUAUUUGUCCAGCUAUUGUGAAAAGUUUGGAUUAAAUUAUGGUGCCUGUAAGUGUGCCGUCUAUUUAAAACAAGUUGUUGUUUCGUUUUGUUUAUUUGUUCUCUGUUUAGGCCUUAUCAAUAAUGCAUUUAAUCUUGCUUAUUGACAAUGUUUGGCAUGUCCAUGCUCAGCCCUAAUGCAAUUCACAGUAGGCCUUGCCCCUAUAUCAGUGUGAAUGCUAUUGAAGCCAUGCAAUUACUAGAACAAUGUGGACUGCAAAUGGGUUCAAGUUAACAUAUUUGGCAAAGAUUCUGUAGGUCUACAUUUUGUUAUGUCGUUUCUGUAAGCCAUUUAACAAACUUUAACGGACUUACAUUGGAAUUGGAGUUGAUUACAAGGCAAUACAUAAAAAGUCAGUAAAUACACAACUUGAAGCAACCACAUAUUUCACCUUGGAGCACGUUCUGAUUGGCCAGUAAGGGGACAAGUCUCGACACACCCACAACUUGUUUAUUCAUCAAAAUCCAGACCUUUCGCCCCAACGCCAGCAAGUGCGCAGAUAAUUGUGAUAGUGAAAAUAGCAAAACUAUUUCUGACACACCCCUGAACCUAUAGCGCUACCACCUGUGCUUAGAUUUACCCUUGCGUUAGAUUUGUUAAAAUAGAGCCCAUAGAUUCUCACUCAAUUAGCAUCAGUAUUUUAGGAGGGAGGAUAAGUUGUUUACUGUAGCAGUUAGAAAUGGUCAGUAGUUCUGUAUACACACUAGUGGUGCGCAGGUCAGCUGUUUGUUCACCCGCCCGCAAUUGCUAAUAACCCAUCUGCAACCACCUGACUAUAUGUGAUAAAGUGAAAAUCUGACCCGGGCAUCCAACCCUAACCCGCAAAUAUAGAAAAUGUGCUAUAGGCUACAGUCAAAGACUGCAGAACAAUUUUUUGACAGGGGGUGCAGGAUUAUUAUUUUUGCCUCAUUUAGAUAUGUUUCUGCUUAUAAUUUCUGACAUUUUGGUAGGUUAUUUGUUAGUCAACUUCAACUAUAAUUAGAUACAUGUAGCUUCUCUUUUGUCAUUAUAUGUUGUCCUAGAAGAAUAAAUCCUUACUCAACAGAAUGAUGUAACAGAUCGACAGAUUGAAUGCUUCAAUCUAGUUGACAUCGGUGAAGAUGUUUAGGGACUGGGGAGAAAAUACAAUAAAGCAACAAAAAAAUCUGUUUGACUGGUUGUAAGGAACAAGAAAGCUGUGAAAAUGACCCAAUGUGUUUCUGAAAAGAUUUCAGGUCGGCUUGGAUGUAUAUUUUAUGUGGUUCAAAUACUAUCAGCUUUAUGAUGCUUUUAUGAUGAAGACAGCACCUCUACAGAUGGUAUCUAACUGAGCAUUGCAUUCUCUCAAGAUGCAGAAAUAAAUCAUAUUUCUCCACUCUUGUUCCCAAGUCCAAAUGUUGCCUAUAUUUGGUGUAUAAUUUUACUGCAAGAAAUGCUUAAUUCUGCAGGAGUUAUUAUUAAGGCUAUAGCCCUAUUCGCACGGGACUAGUAUUACUACAGAAUGUUGGUUAUGUAUUUAAUACCCAAGAAUGUCCAUUAUUCCAGAGGCGCAAUAUUUUUUUAGGAUGCAUUUGGCACAAUAAUUAUACAUUGAUGGAUUGUUUAAGGUAUUGUUUCUCUUUAUUCAACCCGUCAGUCACCCACCCGCCCUUCAGCCACACAAUAUUUAAUGACCCUAAACCCAUCCGCCCGCGGAUAGAACCGCGAGGUCUGCAGGUUAUGAAUCAACCCGCUCAUCACUAAUACACACAGCUUACAAGAGCACCGUCUGGUACAUGUCACUCAUUGUAUGCCGGUCCUGUACACAUAACAUUACAAAGACAGGUGGGGCCCUCCCACAAAUCACUAUUGCCCCCCUGCCUCAGUUCAGUAAAUUGAAUAGUUAGCGGCUUUGAAUGUUGAUUUUAGGGGCCACACCCUGCUGAGAUACACUGAAUUCUUCCACUCUCACACUGACUCUCCCUCUCCCUCUCGCUCUCCCUCUCUCUCUCAGCUGACGGCAUUGGAUGCGGAUGAGGGGUUAAACGGUCUGGUGACCUAUGAGAUCCUUGCCGGAGCGCAGGGUGUUUUCAUCAUUAAUAACCGCACUGGACGAAUCACCAUCGCACCCGGGAUAGCCCUUAGCGUGGGCCUUUCUUACGCCCUUACAGUGAAGGCUGCGGACAACGCACCAGAUAUCCAGAGAAGGUACAUUCAUUUCAUCCAUUCAUUUUUAUCUAUUCGUUCUUUCAGCCUUUCUUUUGCUCAAUCACACCUUUCAUUUAUUAAUGUGUUUAUUAAAAGGACUGUAUCCCUUGGAUCUCCACAUUAAUAUACAUGCAUUAUUUAGGUGAUGUUUGAUGUAAAAUCUUGUUUCUUACUCAGUUUUUCAUUUUUCAUACUUCUUCAGUUAAUCAAGUAUUCAAUUAUUCCUUCAUUAAGUCAGGACUUCAUACAUGUAUUCAUCCAUCUCAUUCAGUCGUUGUUCCAUCUGAUUGUUUAUUCCUACUGUACAGUCACUUGUAGGUCUAUUCAAUUCAUGCAUAUAUAAUCAUUGUAUUCUUUAUUGAAUGUGCGUAUUGAUUCAUGUAUCUGCUGUGAUUGAAGUUGUGAAUGGUAAGAGGCUGUAUGAAGACAUAUUUGACUGACCGUUGAGACAAACUGUUUAGAAUCAAGUAUCAGAUGGCCUCUCAUUCUUACAGACAUUAGAAACACAUCUUUGUCAUGAAUUUCUCUUCAUUUUGAACUAUCUUUUUGAUAAUGGUGUGAUGCCUUAUCUGUAAUUAUUGCCUCAUAUUCUUGUUGCCAAGAAGCAAGUGACUAGCACACUCUUCUGAAAGUUUAUACGCACUAUCUUAGCUAAGGCUCAAAGUUCUCAGCAGUAUUUGAGGUUUGAACACAGAGGUGAUACCUGCAGUAGAAUGGGUUUUGCUGAAGAUAGUUUGCCAUGACUGGAUCUGACUGUGCAAACAGAAAUCUAUUGGACUUGGCAAACAGUGCCUCUGUACGCAGACUGUUCAGCAGCUUUUUCAAGAUAACACAUUUAGGCUGCCGGUUGGAAACUGAAGUACUUUCUUCACGAUAGCUCCUUGUUUCUGUAAGGGCUUCCAAUAUGCUGUAUACAACAUCUAUAUUUAGCCUACUGUAUAUGAGGGCACAGCUCCCUCCUCAUUGGCUUGUUCACCUACCUUUAUCAGCCUCUUUAAGCAGGAUGUCCUUUUUGGCAGUCAGGAAACUCAUGACAACCUUAAAUUCCCUGAUAAAUCACCACUGUACUAUUACAGUUGCGCUCUAAUAUAUUGGUACUCUUGCACGAUUCACAAUUUCUUCAAGAAGUUGAAAUGGAAAAAUGUUGGUGUUCACACGUGUAUAUGUUUGAUUAACAACUGCACAGGACCUAGAAAAAUUUUUGUCAAAAAAUGGCCUAGACUAAAUUAUUCAGAAUUGAAAUGAAUUUGAGACAGGUGAGACAGGUGAUUCUUGUUUACUGUGUAAUUUUUCUCACCUGUGGUAAUUGGCAGGUGCCUACAGGCUGCAGUAGCCAUUGAACCUGAAAACCGGAUGUUCUGUUGCAUUCCACUGUACUGUAAAGUGCAAGGGUGCCAAUAUAUGUGAAUGUAACUGAGCAAAGAAUGUCCUUCUGGGGGACAUCAAAUACUCUACUCUAUACCAUUCCAUUCUACUAUACCCUUUUGUAUUCUAUUCUGCAAGCCCCCAAAAAUGACCUCCACACCAGUGUAUGUAACCAUUACCUUUCCUUCCGCCCUCUCGUUGCCCCCCACCCCUCCAGGAGCUCUAUCACCACGGUGUACAUUGAGGUGCUGCCCCCCAACAACCAGAGCCCCCCACGCUUCCCCCUCUUCACCUACAGCCUGGAGGUCAGCGAGGCCAUGAGGAUUGGAGCCAUCCUGCUCAACCUACAGGUGAGCGGCACACAGCAGGGGUCAAAGGUCACAUAACUAGAUCGAUGGAGGCCAGGAGAGGGCAGUGUGAUUACUCAAGCGAAGAUCAUGGAAGAUUUUGAGUUUAGCAAACAGCAAUUACUAAACCAGCCAGUAUGGAUUAUCAGAUGUAAUAUCAUAUGAUUUAAUAGAUUUUAAUAAUUUAUGUGUUGGCAGUGGAAGUAAACGCUUGCUUGAUUUCUAUCUUCUGUUCUUGUUGUUUUUUUAUAGGCCACAGACAGAGAGAAUGACCCAAUCACAUACCAGAUUUUGAGUGGGGAUAUCCAGCAAGUCUUCAACCUCUCUAAAACGUAA